CUACUGAAGUAGUAGUUGCAAUCCCGAUAUUCACGGUUCCGCGCUAUUUGCCGCCUGAUCCCCCAGCUUUCGCUCACGAUGAUCGGCGAUGUGCGAGUGUUAACUCCUCCUGGUGAAAGUUCCCCGCUCUCAACGUCAAGCUGAAGUUCAACAGUUCCCUACCAGUGGUAAUCUUGCCUACCAGUUCCGGCUUCACCUACCCCGAUAGUCGGUCGAAACCGUUUCCGAUGGCCCCGCAAACUGCGCCGGACCUUCGCAGUCCGAUUCUAUCACCAUCCGACGUUCCCCGUGCCAGCAGUUCAUUGGACUGGCCAAUGGCCUCUCGGAGUCCGAGUCUGCGCACCCGUUGCGCGCGAAAUCCUUCCCCCGACGGACUACGUCAGGAUCUAGUCGGAUCCCGCGCGCAUGACCGCGCGCGCAGUAUCUCGAGCACCAGCGCGGCACUCGGGCUUAGCCCCAGGACAAGUCCCAGCAAGAGCAGGAGGUCACUUUACCCCACUUCCCCCCAAUUCGCGGAAGCACGGGCCGAAGCCGUCACCGGAAGGAGGCGGGGCGACCGCGCGCCGUCACCCUUGAGAUCAUCUUCCCCCUCCGCCUCCCGCCCCGCCUCCGCGCUUCUUUCCCCGCCCGGCCGCUGCGGCGGCGGAAGCCCGCCGAGUUGGCGCCCCGCCGCGCUGACGACGGUGCGCAGCCCGCUCGCGCCGGUGGUGCGCCACAGAGCGACCGCAUCCAUCGACAUGGAGCAGCUCUGGGCUGAUGCUAGCUUCGACGAAUGCGGCGCGCCCGGCGGCGGAGAAGCGAAGUCCCCGGACCGGCGAAGAAACCGCGGGAUCGUCCGCGUUCACGCGCGGAAUCUUUCCCUCUCCGACUUCCGCACGUUCCGCGGCAGCGCGACGCCCCUCUCGCGCAUUUUCAACAGCCGCGGGGGCAGGGAUUCGAACCUCGCCCCAUCUGCCGCCGUGGCUUCCGUCGGCACUGCUGCUCCGGCCGCCGUUUUCGGUCAGCGGGACGGUUGCGCGUCCCCCGGGACAGCCGCCGACCGAACCGGAGAUAACGUGGCGGCACGGCUCGUCGCUUCCGAGAGCUUCCCUCCGCCUCGUGCGAUGCGCGACAGAAACCACCGCGGCGGAAUUGCGGGACUCGCCGCUGCCGCCGCUGCGGCCACCGGCGCGGCGGUUCCCCCGAAGUCGCCUCCUCCGCCGCGGUGGCGGGGGGGGUCCCGGGGAUCUACUGGCGGCCGCAGCCCGACGGGAGUUUCGGAGUCGGAAACGGCGGGACGGGUAUUCAGCGAAGCGUCGGAGCCUGCGACGGUUGUCCCGUUCGCAGCACGAGAGGAGUGCCGGGAUUCACAGCAGCAGUCCCACCCGUCGCACAGGCGAAGUCGCAGCUGGGGGCAGCUGCAGCCAGUGCCGAAAUCUCUCUCAGCGCUGUCGAAGUCUCCCGAGCCGAUCUUUUCUAGCAUUGACUCGGAGUUGCUCCGUGUGUCGCAGCAGCAGCAGCGGUGGGACGAGCAAGUGCGGCCCGUCGGCGACGGUGGCGAAACUAGCGGCAACGAUGGCGAAAAGGACGUGGAAAUGGACAGCGAAAUGGACGGCGAAAUGAACGGCGAAGGUUCGCGAGGCCCAGCGGCGGCGGUGCGGCAUCAUGAUGAGAUGAUGAAUUCGGAUUUUCUGGAGUACUUUGGCGAAGUCGCGCAGUCAUGGCAAUAGACACUGCAGUAUGGGCGCUCGACUAGGAGCGGAAGCCAUGGAAGCAGCGAAAGCAGAAGCGUCUCAGUGAUUAGUAGGCGAGGUCCCUCAGCCCUCUGCUCUGCAAAUGAUCACACGCCCAUUUGGGGAGGCGGGCAGGGGAGGGAGCGUGGGCGAGGAACGAGCGGAGGGAACGGAAGGGAGGGAGGAUUAGAGACGCCGUGGUGCUCGUGCAGUCUAAGCAGCGGCGUUGGGAGGGGGAUUUGCUGGCAGGUGCAGAGCUUUGAGGUGGCCUACUGCCAGUGGCUGAUGGUGCUCACGGUGUGCCGUUACAUGCUGCUGCUGCUGGUGCCUACAGUGUCGACUGCCAGUAGCUGAUGGUGCUCUCAGAGUGCCUUCACGUGCUGCUUCUGAUGAUUGUACCGGCCUGCCUGCCUAUCUGCCUAGGGUCAACUCUGUCAGUGCUGGUGAGGGUGAGGCGGAGGAGUGGGGAGAAGCAGGGAGAGAAGGGGGGAAACAGCCGCGGAUCAGCCACCACAUCACCUGUAUCUGACUCUGACCUUACUCGUGCAGCUGACGCCAUCCAUCCACCCUCCUUUUUCCCUCCCCAAGUCCCAUAAGAUCCUUUCUACCUUUCCUAUAUCCUAUUGGCCUUGCUUCGGGCUCCUCGAGGACACAGGUUUGGAUAUGUCGAGACUAGUGCCUUCGUCCGUAUCUACACUGGAUGGUGGUCGGUGUUGUUUCCUGCAAAGCAGAAUUCAAUCACCUUCCCAAGGUCCAGGCUGGGGUCUUGGGUCUAGCUCUGCUUUCAAAAGUUGCCAGUAGCUGGCAAGCAAACCAGUCUCAGGUUUGGAUGAUGUGUUUACCCGGCCCAUAUGGCAUGUACCAUAUGCGCUUGCACUUGUGCAACCAUUGGUGCUUGGGUGAGAACACUGCAGAGGUUGGGAUAUAGCAUGAAUAUUCUGGCUAACCAAGAUACAGACAGCCUCACGCAUACACACGCCUAUGGUAUGGGUUGAUGUAAUAGAGACAUGAUAAGCAUUAGGAGAGAAUCAUAACAUUGUACGAAAAUGAGUGAUUGAUGAGAUGUUGACAGUAAGGAAUUAGUGAU